AUGAACUCCAUACCGUUGCAGUAUGAAAGUUUGAAAGCAGUUCUACUUUACAUGGAUGCUAACAUUCGAUUCAAAAUAUCUCAACGACUACCCACAAUACGCAUUACGGAAAAAGUUGUGCCACUCAGAGUUCGAAGUUUGAAAUUUGACGAGUAUAGGACCACUGUCAAUGACACCAUAUAUCAAUUGGGCAUCUAUCGGGAGUUCAAUUCGGGUGAAACAAUUACACAACAGAUUCAGAUCUCCAAUAAAGAGGGUGGAGUUCGACAUGACCUGGAUAGGCAUGGAUUUCAAAUUUCACCUGGCAACACUGUGCUUACUCCAGGAGACGUUUCAUUUGGAGGUUAUAAUAAGCGUGAAAUUCGACACGAUACAAUUCGAGAUGAGCGAUUAUAUCGGGAGAAGUUGAAAGGUUAUGAGAAGGCCUUGUUUUUAAAGACCAAUUCCGAAACUACUGAGAGUGACCCAAUUGGCACUAUUGAAGAAUAUCGUCUUGGCCAAUAUGUGAGAGAAGGACUACGUAUGCCGCUUGGUACAUUGAAUUAUUAUAUUGAUUAUCUCUACACUGCGCUUUUCCCGUUCGAAUGCCGUCGUUUCAAUCUAAAACCACCGUAUGUCUGCUAUAUUCAACUGACAGUCCAAACAGGAAACAAGAAACAAAUCGAGCAGUUUCCUUAUAAAAUGAAACUUUAUGAGGCAAUCAAGCUCUUGAACAAUUUUUUGUUCGGAGAAAGACGUUCAUUAAUCCUAGCUGAAAGGAGGUACGGAGUCGAGCAACUGUGGAAUAUUGUUCUGAGUUGGUUCGAAAAACCUGUUGGGUCCUGUUUUUCACAGGAAAUCACGAAGGAAGAGACAGUGAAAGAUUUAUUCAAUUUAAUCAAAACCCGUGUAGAAAAAACAAAGAGAACGAAAAGAUGCAUCUCAACAAUAACUAAAGAUUCCACGAGACUGGAGGUGUUUUACGUACCAAUCAAAAACUUUGAAGGUCAAAAAUUUGUGUACGCUAAAUGGGUUCUCAAGAUCCGAAUCGUUCGAUUGUGA